AUGACAGCAGGAGACUUCAAGCCCGUCUUUACGACGACCAACUCACCCGUGGAAGAAAGGCCACCUCCUGUAUUGCAGGCCUCCUUCAAAGACUCGUUCAAGCUUCCUACGCUCCUGGCUCUCGGCGCUCUCGUCCAGACCGCAGUGAUCGCUGUCCUUCCCGCACGCUACUCUUUGUUCCCGUUACUGCUUCUGCUCGGCCGCGCCAUCAUAUCCACAAUCCUUCAAGUCCGAUCCCCAAAAGACAGCCACUUCACGCUCGACGUGGUCCCCGGCCGCAUGUCCGCCCAGCUCCCGUCUCGUACCACCGGAGCGUUCGGAACCAAACCCGCCGCCAAACCCCUGGUCGUGUUCCACAUUGGCGUACGCUUCAACCACCCGCUGGGACUCCUCAGCCCCGGCGCGAAGGAGAUCGCCGGUUACUUCGCUGCCAUGGUCAAGGAGCUCGAGCAGCGCCGCGACGAGUUCGGCAUGCUGACCAUCACCAACUGGAGGGGCACAGAGCGCAGCACCAAUAACACCCUCAUGAACGUCGCGUACUUCCGCGACGUCGACGGCCUGAACAGGUUCGCGCACGACAAGGUCCACCGCGACGCUUGGGACUGGUACCUGCGCUUCGCCAAAAAGGAGGGCAACUCGCACAUUGGGAUCUUCCACGAGACAUUUGUCACCCGCCCUGGAGACUACGAAACCAUUUACGUCGACUGCCAGCCGACCUUGCUGGGCGCUGCCAAUGUUCAAGUCAACGCGGACGACAGUGAGAAGGUGAAGACAGAAGAGAAAGAGACGUGGAUCCGACCGCUAGUAAGCGCCAAUCACUCGUCGCUAAGGAGCCAACAGGGCCGCAUGGGCACUAGACUUCCAUUUGAGGGAGACGCGGACAUGUACUGAUGAUUUUGACAACUGAAAGGGGGGGGGCAAGACGUGCUGAGUGUGAUAUUGAGAAGUAAGAAUUUACCAAAUCUGGAGGUCGUAAGAUUUCUCAAAUUUCUAGCAUAUUAUAUGGAGAUAUUUGGCAGCAAGGAAAGAAUGUCGUGAUUUAAGGUGUAAAGGUAAAUCAAAUGAGUGGAGGGGCAUCGCAUAUUAGACAUGUCAUAAUAAAAAUCAUAUUGCAUUUCAA